ACAUCAUCUCACUUUUGAAAUGGCUGUGGUUAUAAGCGUCAGUACAUAGUGCUGCUCUAGUAAGUAGCGUUGACACUAGAACAUUCAUUCCUAGCACAGCGCUUGGUGUUCAGGGGAGAAAUGGAUUUGAAACAAUAGAGAAGCAAGUUAGAAAUACACUUACAAUGCCAGGAGGUGACUUUUUCAUUAUGAUGCUUCUUCUUUGGACAUUUGUUGGCAGGGGGGUUGAUGGUGAGACAGUGAAUGGAGUGUUACAUGAGCGAGUGGAGCUUCGAGGACGUUAUGGACACAAUCCAGAUGUGGAAUCUGUGGAAUGGACUAGCUAUGCUGUAAAUUCAACAAAGAAAUUGCUAUAUAUAGUUAUUAAGCCAGGAAAUACUACAUGCUUUUAUCGCUGCCAAAAUAUUUCAUUUAAUUUAGAGAAUAUGAGUCUUAUUUUGGAUCAUAUUACAAAGAAAGAUGAAGGCAAUUAUGAGGAGAAAACCAUCUUUAAAAAUCAGACCAUUCUACAUUUUAAUAUCACAUUGUCUGUGCCAUGUUUGGAGCCAAUGAUUCUAUCUGUAUCAAAAGACAAUGUCUCUUUUAUCUCUGGCCCUCUGACCCUGAAUUGUGAGACCAGCGGGGAGUUUAAGCAGCUGCAGUGGUUCAGAAAUGGCCUUCCGUUGCCCGAUGACCAGAGAUUCUCCCUCAGUAAGAAAAACAAGACCAUGGUGGUGUCCAACCUGACCAGUUCAGACUGUGGCAACUACACCUGCCAAGUAUCAAAUGAACACAGAACAUCAGCAGCACAUGUUAUUGUCAACGAUAAUGCUUGUCUGCAGGAGAGUUCUUCUGUUCCUCAACAAAUCCUGUUCACUGCUGGAUUGUCACUCAUCUGUCUUCUUGUUUUGUGCAUCUCUUUAAUUUGCCUCUGCAUACAUUAUGAUCGUAGAAAAAUAAAAAAUGCUUCAAAUGAAGAACCUCUUUACCACGAGCCCAUGUCUUUUCAGCAAGAUGCUGUAACUCCGGCUGUGGAGCCUUUGUUAGUUGUCUACCAGGACUUCAGAAAGCCAAAAGAACCCACGUCUUUUCAGCAAGAAGCUGUUACUCCGGCUGUGGAGCCUUUGUUAGUUGUCUACCAGGACUUCAUAAAGCCCGAAGACUCCCAUCAAUCUGAAGAUUUUGGCUACUCCACCAUCCCAGAUGUUCUGAUGAAAAUUCAGCCCUCACAAUCGUCGAGCAGCAAGCUACCGAAAACAUGACCUAACAGGAUGAACGUGUUGCUUUAUACUGUGUAAAAAGUUGAGCUCAGUUCUGUGGCCUUCUAUGAACUGCAGUUUCUCUGUGUGAACUCAAAAUAACUCAGAAGGUUCGUCUUUUAAUUUUUUUUUUUUGAAGGAGAAGAAGGAGGCAAAAAAUGAUUUAAUAUUUCAUGUUGUAUUAUAUAUUCUAUGAAUAUUUGGACGCUUCUGUUUGACCAGAACACAUGCAUUUAAAAGUAAAAAUCAUAAAGGAAUCAUUUAUUUUGUUUGGUUAGUAACAGCUGGAACAAUUUUCAAAGAUUGUGGCUGUACAAACUAUCUGCCGUUCUUUAUUUAUCAUAUAGCAUGUACAUUUACUGUAGUAGUUUUUUUCCUUUCCUCCACUUUUGUCAGUGUAUUAUUGUCACUCAUGUGGGACAGCUUGGUAUUCCUUUGCCUCAUCUAUCACAUAAGGAGUACACUUUUCCCGGUCAUGUACUUUUGCCAUCUGUUAUUACCCUGGAGCUGGUAGAAGAGCCAGCGGAAGACAACCUUUUAUGCAUUUCUGUGAUUCCUACAUUUGCAGUUAUAGCAUAUUUCUGACACCUUUAUCUAGAGUGACUUACUUUUUAUACAACUGAGCCAUUGAGGGGUAAGGGCCUUAGUUAGGAAACCAGCAGAGACAGUUUGUUGGACCUGGGAUUUGAACUUGCAUCCUUCUGAUCUGUAAGCCAACACCCUAACCACUGAGCUAGCACAUCCACAUUGUACACGGCAUGUAAGGAUCUGUGUUAGUUCUCCCACACCUCUGAACAGCCACCGUGUUUCACUAUUCUGAUGUAGAAGGGUCAAUGGCCAUGGACUUCAUCACAUAGUGACCGGAAUGAUACCUCUGCCUGGAAAACCACUGCUUUACAAAGCUGAUCACGAAAAUAUUCAGGUGCCACAGGAGCUGACAGGAGAAGUCUGCCGUGGAUUGAAGAUUACAAUAAAACGCAUGGUGAAAUUAGAUAAAAUUACAGAAGGUGAAAUUAUAGAAGUGUGUUAUUUCAACAUUUCAUCAUUUCAACAGAACCUCCUCAAUGGAUUUACCUUCAGUGUCCUGGAUUUAAGCAAGACCUAAAUAUGUGUAUGGAAACAUAGGGAUAAGACCUUUAUUUUUAAUAGGGCACAGUAUGUUUACUAUAUUAUAUGAGAUUAAUCUGUAAACCAGUUUCAACUGCACUUGUAAAAAUAUCACGUUAAUUGUGUAGGAACAAAUGUCACACAAAAGUAAAUCACUGGAAAAGAUCAGGCUGGAAACUGUUGCAGAGGUGUUAGAAAAACACUUAAAAAUCAUAAACCUCCCACACCUGCUUUUCUAUUCAUGCCACUUAUGCCAUUAAAAGGUAGCAUUGACCUAAAAUAUAUGGUUUGCGCAAGUUUUUCAAGCAAUAUGCCAGACACCCAUGAGGAAGUUUGUCUUUGUAUAAUAAGUUGUGAAAUGAUAGACAUUGUUUUCACGUCUGAAAUAAUGUGUUAGAUUUCUGCCAUAGAGUUCUUGGUUCAACGUUUCUUGCAGAUAGAAUUUCUUUUGUUUUAAUGUCUGCUUGUUAUUUAUUUAUUUUUUUUCUUAUACUGUAUUGUUGGUUGUAUGUAACUUUUAAAGCAAGUGUUUUAUACGACUUCUUUUGAAGCACCUUGGGCAAAAAAGAAAGAAAGAUUUAUUUUUUUGCAGUUUAAUUUUUGAUGCUGUAUGUUUGUUUAUAGACCAGUGAAAUAGUACACAAAGGUAAGAAAAUGAGCAUCAUAUUACAGAAGGUUUUCAGAGAAGGAGGAAGUCAAAAGAUCUUUAUCAGUUAUUUAUGCAGUUGAAAUCCUUCUAGUCUGUAGGUGAUGAAAUGUGUGACACUUUUAAGUGUAAUUUAUUUUAGGUUACUGAUUUUGAUCGAUUAAAUUUGACCCCUAUGUCCUGAAAUAUUUAAAAAGUC